AUGGUGUCCUGGGGUCGCCUUAUCCUUCAUGCUUUCUCUUUCUCUCCUCUCACCGACAAUGGUCUCCGGAAGAUCUAUCAGCCUAACCAAGCAACGUUUGCUGCUCCUGCUGCACAGCCACCAAAAAAUGUGCUAGCCUUCAUCUCCAAUGGAAUACAAUCUUUGGAGAAUGCUUUGGGCGAGAAAGAGCAAGAUGGCAAUUCUGUAUUAGGAAGCUUCGAUGCACCUCGGCUUCCUUCCUUUCGCUCCGAUGGCGGCACACCUCUUCCCUUCGGCUUUCCCUGGGGUCAAUCAACGGCCAACAACACAAACUACUACACAGACACGCCCAACACUGGUGUCACCCGCUAUUACGACUUUGAAAUAUCCGCUGGACGGAUUGCACCAGAUGGUGUCUUUAAGGAUGGUGUCCUUGUCAAUGGUCAAUUCCCUGGCCCAACUAUCGAAGCGAAUUGGGGAGACAUGGUCUCCAUAACUGUCAAGAACUCGCUUGAUGAGGGCACUUCAAUGCACUGGCAUGGCUUGCUCCAGAAAGCAACACCAUGGUAUGAUGGCGUCCCCACAGUUAUGCAAUGCCCAAUUGCUCCCGGAAAGUCGUUCACCUAUGUCUUCCAGGCAGAUCUAUAUGGUACUAGCUGGUAUCACAGCCACUUCAGUGCGCAGUAUGCAGGUGGCGCAGCUGGUGCCAUGAUCAUUUACGGACCCAAAAAUGUAGACUACGAUAUCGAUGUCGGACCUGUCAUCCUCACAGACUGGUACCAUGAAGAUUACUACACCCUCGUCGAGCAAACGAUGUCGAAAGCAUCCGACAAGACUCCCCAGCCAGCCUCCAACAAUAACCUCAUCAACGGCAAGAUGAAUUUUCCUUGCUACAAGGACACCAACUGCACUGCCAACGCCGGCGUUUCAAAAUUCUCCUUCACCUCUGGCAAGAAGCAUAGACUACGAUUGAUCAACAUGAGCGCAGAGGCCAUGCAAAAGUUUUCAAUCGACGGACACACGAUGACUGUUAUCGCAAACGACUUUGUACCUGUAGAGCCAUAUCAAGUUGCGGUUGUGACUCUUGCUGUUGGCCAACGGACCGACAUCAUUGUUGAAGCCGAUGGCUCACCGACGGAUAGCGUCUGGAUGCGCUCCAACCUAAAAUACUGCUCAUUGACCGACGGCACAGUCGACGAAGCUGUCGCAGCAAUUUACUACGAAGACGCUGACAACACCACGAUCCCCACCUCCAAGUCUUCGGUUACCACAACUCAACUCUCUUACUGCAACAACGACGAUCUUUCUGUCACAAAACCCUUUUUUUCCAUCAAGCCUGAUCCCAACCCAUCCACUACCGAGGACUUGAUCAUUGAGUACCGUACCAACGAGACAGACUUCAAUCUCUGGUUUGUCAACAACGUCAGCUUCAGAGGUGACUACAACAACCCAGUCCUCUUGGAGGCUAAGCUUGGCAAUCUCGACUUUCCUGAAGAGUACAACGUCAUGAACUUUGGAUCCAACAAGACCGUUCGUCUUGUGGUCUACAACUACUUUGCGUUUGGUGGCCAUCCCAUGCAUAUGCACGGUCAUAAUAUGUACGUCCUAGCAGAAGGCUUCGGCGAAUACGACAACACCGUCACAAACCCCUCCAACCCCCAACGUCGCGACACAAUCUGGGUGCAAGCCGCCAAAGACGCCAAUACCCCCGCCUACGUGGUCCUCCAAAUCGACCAAGACAACCCCGGAGUCUGGCCCUUUCAUUGCCAUAUUGCAUGGCACGUAUCUGCAGGGUUAUAUGUUAGUAUCUUGGAGAGACCGGAGGAAAUCAAGAGGGACAUGAAGAUUCCGGGGGUUAUGGCGCAAAGUUGUAGGGAUUGGGGUGAGUUCACGGGGAGGGCUGUUGUGGACCAGAUUGAUUCUGGACUGUAG